GUUUUUUUUUAUUUAAUUUGCUAGAAAAAGCGUUGAUUUGCUGCACAUUCUUAUUAGCCUCUCCCUCCCUCUUUUGUUUGUUAUUCCACACCGAUCUUCUCCCUAUAUCUCCGACGUACUCAUUCUCCGGUGACGGAGAAUAAGCUAAACAUUUUCCACGAAUUUUCCUUUUUUUUUUUUUUUUUUUUUUCCUGCGGCUAAAAGCUUUAAAAAAGAUCGAUCGUACCAUUGCUGAAUUUCAAAGCCUUCUCUUAUUUAUCCGUUACGCUAAGCGUUGGCUUCAAUCGUUUCUGCGUUAAAACGAGUUGAAACUUGUCACUGAGAUUCUUUUUUAUCUGUAUUUUUUUUUUCUUUAUUUAAUUGAGCAAGAUCUGGGUUUUCUUCAGAUCAUGGCUUAUUAAAAAAAUCUGGGUCUUUCGAGGUGUGAUUAAUGCUCUCACUGAGUAGCAUUUUCUCUGGGUGUUAAUUAGUCUCAGUUGUUUUAUUACUAUUAUUAAUCUCCACUUAAGUGUUCGAUGAAAUUCCUCUGAGAGGAAGGGUUGGUAGGUGAUUCAGAAAAUGUGUAAAAUGGAGAAGUCUCUUUACCACAGGAAACUAUGGGAGAUAAAGGUUAGGCUUUUAGGGGAUAGCAAGGUUGAGAAGCUCAGGAACUCCUUUGCUUCGAGGUCUCCUACGAGCCUAUGGAUGAUUCGUGCUGUUUCUGUAUUGCUGCUCUGGAGUUGUUUUGUUCAUUUGAUGGCUUUGGGAGAUAUGUGGGGACCGAGACUGUUCAAUGGUUGGCCUUCUUGUUUCAAUCAACGUGGUUUGUCCACUGCCGCAGAGAUGAAGUCUCUCCCUGCUAAGAUCGCCCUUCCUCCUAAAAGGGUGUAUCAGAACAAUGGUUAUCUUAUGGUUUCUUGCAAUGGAGGACUCAAUCAAAUGCGAGCAGCUAUAUGCGAUAUGGUAACUGUUGCACGGUACAUGAAUGUUACACUUAUUGUGCCUGAGCUUGACAAGACCUCCUUUUGGAACGAUCCAAGUGAGUUUAAAGACAUUUUCGAUGUGGAUCACUUCAUAUCUUCGUUGAGAGAUGAAGUUCGUAUACUUAAGGAGUUGCCUCCAAGGGUCAAGAAGAGAGUUGAGCUUGGGAUGUACCACGAAAUGCCUCCUAUUAGUUGGUCAAACAUGUCUUACUACCAAAAUCAGAUUCUUCCAUUGGUGAAGAAGCAUAAGGUUUUACACCUGAACAAAACCGACUCCAGACUCGCUAAUAAUGGACUGCCUGUGGAGGUUCAGAAGCUGAGGUGCCGAGUGAAUUUCAACGGCCUUAAGUUUACUCCUCAAAUUGAAGAGCUAGGGAGACGAGUAGUCAAUAUCCUGAGAGAGAAAGGUCCCUUUCUCGUCUUGCAUCUCAGAUAUGAGAUGGAUAUGUUAGCGUUUUCCGGGUGCUCACAUGGUUGCAACCCCGAGGAAGAAGAAGAAUUAACAAGAAUGAGAUAUGCUUAUCCAUGGUGGAAAGAGAAAGUCAUAAACUCUGAGGAGAAGAGGAAAGAAGGCCUUUGCCCUUUAACUCCAGAGGAAACUGCUCUCACCCUGACCGCGUUAGGUAUUGACCGUAAUGUUCAAAUAUACAUAGCUGCUGGAGAAAUCUACGGUGGUGAAAGGCGGAUGAAGGCGUUAACAGACGCUUUUCCAAAUGUGGUCCGGAAAGAAACCAUACUAGAAUCCUCUGAUCUCGAUUUUUGCCGGAACCAUUCAUCUCAAAUGGCUGCACUCGAUUACCUAGUGGCUGUUGAGAGCGAUAUAUUUGUUCCAACCAAUGAUGGGAACAUGGCAAGAGUCGUUGAAGGUCAUCGCAGGUUCUUGGGAUUUAAGAAGACAAUUCAGCUGAAUAGGAAGUUCCUAGUUAAGCUGAUAGAUGAAUAUACCGAAGGAUUGUUGACUUGGGAUGUGUUCUCAUCCAUGGUGAAGGCCUUUCACUCUACUCGUAUGGGAAGUCCGAAGAGACGGUUAGUGAUUCCGAAUAAACCCAAGGAAGAAGACUACUUCUACUCCAACCCGCAAGAAUGUCUGCAGCUGUUAGAUGAACCACUGAGAGUCAUUUGAUCAUUGGCGGAAGAAAAUAUUUACAGUCUUAAAGAUGGAGUUACAGUGAGUUUUUUCUUUUAUUUACAGGCUUGAGUUACUUUAGAGUUCUUGGUGAAUAGAUAUCUGAAUGAGCUUCCAUGGAUGGAGAGAAAAAAAUGAUGUUGAUUGAAGCUUACAUUGUAAAGUUUGGCAUCCAUGGCCUUGCCAGUUUUGUUAGCUAAAUAAAAAGUGCCAUUUUAUGUAAUUAAAGUUUGAGUUUAUAUUUCAUAUUAUUAUCUCUUGUUUUUUAAAAAAAGGGUAAAAAUGUCCCAAUUUUCUACAUUAAUAUAUUAUAUUAUAGCAUAUUAGCAAAUGUUGUCUA